CAUAAUAUAGAGGAAAUGGAGUGCGCUUCUCAAACUCUCAUCAAAGAAGAGGUGAUGGGCGAAGGGGGGCAGGUCAUACCAUUGGCUCAUGCCGCAGAUCGAUCCAGCAGUGAUGAAGAGGAUCCCAGGUGGAAAUCAUCAUCCAACAUGAGCAAGCGACGUUUGCUUCCCUGGUGUGCAUGUUUCAUUGGAACCAUACUAAUUCUUGCUCUUGUAAUCUUGGUGCUUGCUCUUACCGUUUUCAAGAUCAAAGAACCUGAGAUGGCCAUGAAUUCUAUUAAGAUUGAUCGGAUGAACCUUAACGUCGCUGGUUUAUCUUCAGCUCUGUCUCUUAACCUGACUUUAACAGCCGACGUCUCCGUUAAGAAUCCGAAUGCUGCAUCAUUCAAAUUCGACAACUCAACCACGAUUCUCACAUACCGUGGAAAGACAGUAGGUGAAGCUCACACUCCAGCAGGGAAGGCAUUAGCAAGGAGGACGCUACGAAUGAAUGUUACAGUGGAUGUAAAUGCAAAUAAGCUGGUGGGGGAUCAGAAUCUUAUAAGUGAUGUUGCGUCGGGGGCUCUUACGGUAAGUAGCUACACCAAGAUAAGCGGGCGAGUAAGCAUAAUUAAGAUAAUCAAGCGUGGUGUGGUAGUGGUGAUGAACUGCACCGUCUCUGUGUCUGUGUCGAAUCAGGAAAUCCAAGAUCAAGCUUGUGUUCGAAUGGUAAAGCUGUGAGAGAGAUAUGGUAAUUUUCGACUUGCUUUGGAUUAUAGUCUUGGUUAUGUAAAUUGAAAUGUUUAGGCAUAGCUGAAUACAAGCUUUAUAUGUAAAAAAAAAAAAAAGAAGAAAAAAAAAAGAAUGGGUAUAGACCAACUUAAUUUGGUUUUUAGUUAUGUUUGUUUAUGGUUGGAAGUGAGAUGGUCGUGGUAUCUCAGGAGCUCUCUC